GAUUGUACAAGUUUCCAAGUCACGUGUAUUGCCAACCGGGUGCGCCACUUAGCUGACUAGCCGAACUACCGGAGCGAAAGCCGGUUUCCAGUCAAGCCAUCAUCACCACUUCUACACAAAACAAAUCAUCAAUUGCAAUUGGCUCCUGCUGAAUUGCGAUUAUUUUUGAUAUAAAAUGGCUAUUUCUAAGCUCGCCCUCUUCGCCGCUGGCGUUUCUGCAAUUGCAAUCUCUCCCCAUGCUGCCCAACGUCCCCUCUCAACACCAGCAAUUGGUGCUUUUGGAGGGGACUUUACUUGCGAUCUCGCCCCGGUGCUUGAACCCAAGGGCGAUGGUGUAAGAUCCGCCAAGGACUUGUUUACAUCCAAGAAGGCGCUGGAGACACAGGUCCGCAGACACCAGGCCAUCGUUCGUGUGCCGUCCAUCUCAUACGACGAUUUUGGAGACUUUGACAAGGACGCCCGAUGGAAGCCCUUUGAUGAGCUUCACAAAGUCAUCCGUGACACUUAUCCCAUUGUUCACAAGAAGGCCAAGCUGGAAAUCGUAAACAAGUACGGCCUCCUCUACACCGUUGAGGGCACCGAUUCGUCUCUCAAGCCAAACCUGAUGCUAGCCCAUCAAGAUGUCGUCCCUGUUGCCGAUGAAUCUACUUGGACUCAUCCUCCCUUUGAAGCCCAUUUUGACGGAGAGUGGCUUUGGGGCCGUGGUUCCAGUGACGAUAAGAACUCGCUCACAGGUCUCAUGUCGGCGCUGGAAGAGCUAUUAGCGCAGGAUUCUUGGAAGCCCCGCCGCACUCUCAUAUUUGCUUUUGGCUUUGACGAGGAAUGCAGCGGUCCCCGUGGUGCGGGCGAGCUCUCCAAGGUACUGCACAAGCGCUAUGGCGAUGAUGGUAUCGCUACCAUUCUCGACGAAGGCGGCCUGGGCAUGAACAGAGUUGGAAACACCCUUUUUGCUCUGCCUGCUGUCAUGGAAAAAGGACACAUCGAUAUCUGGUUUCAGCUCAACGUCCUUGGUGGUCACAGCUCCGUACCUUUCCCCCAUACUGGCAUUGGCAUCAUCUCGGAGAUUGUCACCAAGCUUGAAGCCAACCCGUAUCCAGCUCUGCUGACCAAGGAUGUCCCGUCGUACGCACACAUGGUUUGUAACGCUCGCUAUGCGCCCAAUGACCAAUCUGAAGUCGCAAAGAUGGUCCGUGAUGACGACCUUGAGGGUCUGGCUGAGUAUCUCGUUGACUACUCUCCUCUUUCUCAUUUUGCUAUUCAGACAUCGCAGUCUGUCGACAUGAUUCAAGGCGGACAGAAGAUCAAUGCCAUGCCGGAAUCCAUUUCUCUUGGUGUCAACUACCGCGUUGCUGCUCAAAACAGCAUCCUUGAAGUGCAGAAGAACGUCGUCAAGUACAUUCAAGACGUCGUGAACAAGUAUCACCUCAAGGUGACCGCCUUCGAAGAUGACAAGGACUACCAGAACAGCUUGGCGUCCAGCGAUGCCACUCCUAAGACUAAGGAGGCCGUUGACUACAAGGGCUCGCUUAGCAUUACCGCUCGCGAAAUCACUCAAGUUUCCCACAUCACUCCGUCCACCGGCCCAGUUUGGGAUGUUCUCUCUGGCACGCUACAGCACACGUUCGCUUUCAAAGGCGGCAAUGUUGUCACUGCCCCCGAAUGCAUGACUGGCAAUACCGACACCCGCCACUACACUAAGCUGACGGAGCACAUCUUCCGCUUCAACCCCAACAAAGUCAAUGCCUCUGAAAACAUUCACACCAUUGAUGAACGCAUCCGCAUGGACGACCACAUGGAUCUGGUUCGUUUCUACUACGACUACAUUCGUAACCUCGACGCCGCGAACCUGUAAGAAGAAACUAGUUGAUAACUAACUUGAUGGAAUAUGACAUGACAGACAACGUACAUACUAUCCUAUUUAUAUACAAAUUCUUGCAAAACACCUCAUGAUGAUCGGGUCUGCAAAGACCAUAAAUGUGCAUAUCUUCCACCCUUGUCAACCAAUUCUUGAUGGGUGCCUCUCUCAAUAAUCUCGCCUUUAUCAAGGACCAGGAUCACGUCACAGCCAACGACAGUAGACAGCCUGUGCGCAACAGUCACGACAGUGCGUCCCUUACUCAGCUCCUUAAUAGCUUCUUGGACGCUUGUUUCAGUGUCAGAGUCCACUGAGCUUGUUGCUUCAUCCAAGAUUACAAUACUUGGCUGACGCAGCAGAACACGCGCAAUGGCAAGGCGUUGUAGCUCGCCGCCACUGAGCCGCACGCCACGCUCUCCAAUCUUGGAGUUGUACUUUUUCGAGAAUUUCAUAAUCUGGUCGUGGAUACGCGCUGCUUUGCAUGCCGCAUAGACCUGUUCGUCAGUGCAUCCUUCCUUGGCGUACUUGAGGUUCUGCAUAAUGCUGAAAUCGAAGACGGAGGGAUCUUGGGGAACAAUACCAAGUUCAUUUCGGAGACUCGAUAUAGUGACGUCGCGCACAUCUUGACCAUCGAUCAUGAUGUUGCCUGAAGUGACGUCGUAAAACCGCCAGAGGAGCUUCAGGAUCGUAGACUUGCCACUGCCAGUUUCCCCUACUAGAGCAAUUGACUGUCCAGUUUCGGCCGUGAAGGAAACAUUGCGAAGGACGCAGCGAUCUUCAUUAUAACUGAAAGACACAUCUCUGAAUUCGAUGGUUGAGCCAGAAAUCUGCAAUUCUUUGGCGUCGGUCUUGUCGUCCACUGAGGGUUUGGUGUGCAAAAGCUGAUACAACCAUUCGGCGGAGAUCAGGCUGCCCGAUGCCCACGAGAACAUGCGUACAAUCGACAUUAAUGGUCGAGUGAUAGACUCCCAGUAUGAAGUUAGGAAAAUGACAUCGCUAACUGUACCAGAUGCAUCGGCUGUGCGGCAUGCAGCAAGAUAGAUGGCCACAAGAUAGCCCACAUCCAAGAUGAUGCGCUGGAAGCCGUCGCAAAUCAUUGACAUAUCAUAUGAAAAGCAGCGGAGGCUGAUUCCUUUCUCCAUCAUGGCAGCGUAACGGUCCGCCUCAUAUGAGCCUCUGUUGUGGAUGGCAACCGUGUACCAAUUGCUCACGGUAUCAAACAAGCUCGUGGAUUCCUCCUCGUAGCUUUUGUUUGUCUCUUCGUGGUGCUUCUCCAUCAUGUCGCUGGUUUUCUUGGAGACGUAGGCAUUAAGUAUGGUGACGAUGACAAUAGUGUAUCCAACUUCCACGCCAAUAGUGUUUGUGAGUACAAACAUGCUCACGACAAAGUCGAUGCAGACAGGGACAAUGGUAACAAAGCUGUCAUAGAGAUAGGAAACGUCAGAACCCUGCUCAAUGGCUCGAAUGACCUUACCAGUGCUUUUGGAAGUGUGAUAGUCCAUGGAAAGACCCAUGACGUGCGAAAAUGCAACAAUGUUUAGACGCAUCCCACCCUGCUGCGAUAAUCGGUUCGAAGCCAUGUCGCGAACAAGCUCAAUGGCGUUGCCCACAAUAAACUUUAGCAAAAUGUACAUUACGAGCUGUUGGAUGGGAAGGGUACCUGCAUAAUUGUCAGCUUUUGGCACUCGCGCUUUGAGGAUAACGAACCAGUGCCGUGCAACUUUGUGAGCGCUUCGGUAAAGUUACCGAGUUGGCGAGGAACGACUACAGCCGCAGCACGGUUGUAGAGCGUGCAAAGACCAUAUGCAAUAAACCACCAUCUCAUGCGCCCUUGGUAAGGGACAAUGUAUGGAAUGAAGGUCGUCAGAGUCUUCAAAUAGUUGAUCCAGCCGCCUACUUUUGCUACCCGCUCUUGCUGCAUCUGUCUUCCAAUCUUCUCUUCAUCUUCAUCAUCGUCAUCGUCACCCGCAUCCUCGGUCCCACCUAAGGACUUCUCAUCCAAAUCAGUGCCAUCAGUGGUCUCAGAAGAAGACUCAUUGCUUUCGUCGUCAAUAGUCUCUGUGGGCGAGACUGUCUUCGUGGCAUCUGUUGUGGCGGAAUCGUUGUUGUGACUUUGGAAGUUUGCAAACGAGUAAAGAGCAGCUACCAGCAGUGAAAUACCUCGAAUCAGAAUCCAGACCUGCUGCGCGACUAGCAGAUGACUGCGACGCUGCAGUAGAAAUCCUAGGCUGACGACAGCUGUUGAGCACCAUGCGGU